AUGGCUUGCAUACUCCUCUACUUCUCGUUUCUCCUACUUCCAUUCAUCCCUCAGAUCUCAUCAGAUGAUAUCCUGUCCACAUAUGUUGCCCUCAGGGAAGCUGUGGAACUCCCAUGCCCUAAACCACCCACCUUGUAUGGAGAUGAGAUGCUAUCAUGGUUUCGAAGCCCUGUGUCUGGAUUCCCUACUGUCCUAGUGACCCGUGUCCCCUUGACCAACAAGGCUCCAGAGACUAUGAAGAUCUUGAGGGAAGUCAGGCUCAGUCUGCUGGGGAAUAAUUCCCUGUGGCUAGAAGGGGCUAAGGAGGAGGAUGCAGGACGAUACUGGUGUGCUGUGCUUGGCAGCUACAUCCAGUACCAGAACUGGAGGGUGUAUGACCUCUCUGUGAUCAGAGGCUCCCAUCUAUCAGCAAAGACUACUGAUGGAUCUCUCUGCUCAAUCCUGGUGUGUUCGGUGGUCUCAUCAGUUUUCCUGGACUCUGUGGUUUGGCUGGAAGGGAAGGGGAAAGUGAAGGGUAGGACGGAGACUUUCAUGGGAAGGAACGCUUCCCUUCUCAUGGUGUGUCCUUCGGAGGGAACCUCAGAGUCCCGUGCCCGAAGGGUCAGGAGCAUUCGCUGUAUUUUCCCCCAGAACAAGGGCAUCACUUUCAACCUGACAGCUGUGGUCUCCCCAGAUGCCCUUCCUGCCCACUGUGUGGUCUCCCCAACCUGGGAUACCCAAAAGAUCCUGCUGCUGCUUUGUGUUCUGGGGCAGGGGGUCACCAUCUUGGCCCUGGGGAUAGUUCUCUGGAGGCGCCGGAACCAUGAGGCUUCAUACAGAGAUGACUCCACUUCUCAUUUCAAACCAGAAACCCAGGUUUAUGAAAAUAUCCACUUGGCCAUCCCCAGCCCACCUGCCCCCAGGACUAUGUGA